CUCAUUCCUUCAAAAAUGUUUGUAAAAACAUUCUGCAUGUCUGAGUGCUUGAUUUGAUACACCUGUGGCCAGACCGAGUGAUUAGAACACCUGAUUCUGAUUAUUUAGAUGGCUGAGCAAAUAUUUUAUUUGAGCCAGGCCUUUUUCUCAGUGAGGCAAGAGUGCCAACCACUACACUGCUGUGAAGCACCCAAUAAGAGAUCUUUGUUUCUGAAAAUUAUGCAAAAUAUCAUUUACAUUAUUUUGUGCACAGUCAUAAGUGGUUAUAAGACUUCAGUGAUGAUAUUUCUUGUGAAUGAUAAUUUAAUAGUAUGACACAUUGAGUGUGUGUUAACAAUAUAUGUAUUAUUUUUCAAGAUCGUAAAUGAAACCUAUAAUCAACGCCACAGAGUAUGGAAGGAACCCACCUCUGGAGACCACCAGCUCCACUAACUUCUCCAUGUCUAUUUUAAACUGAUUUGACUUAUGAGUGUACAGUUACCCCCUCACCCACCAACCCACCCCAGCCUCCUGGUAGCACAGAACAUGAGACAGAUUUGCCACCUGACAAAAAUAAACCAACCCAUGGAACCGUUCAAGAUAUAAAAAUCAGUGAUCUCAGUGGAGAAACUUCUGGAUCUUGACGUUGGAUGACUUUUCCAAAACAUUGACCUCCAUGGAGACCGAGGAGCUCUCUACCCAAGGAGAGCACAGCUUGUUCCUGCUGAGGCAGCUGGACAGGAUGAGAGCGGCUGAAGAGCUCACUGAUGUGGUGCUGCUGGCAGAGGGGAUUCCCUUCCCUUGCCACAUGGUGGUGCUGUCCGCUUUUAGUCCUUGCUUCCAGGCCAUGUUCACAUGUGGUCUGAGGGAGAGCCGAGGAGGACAGGUGCCUCUCAGAGACACUCCUGCAGAGAGCUUAGAGCUGCUGCUGAACUACAUGUACCAGGGUGAACUCCCACUCUCCAACAGCAACAUCCAAGGAGUGGCUGCUGCCGCUUUCCUGCUCAACAUAGAUGGAGCCUUCAAGUUAUGUCAGAGCCACAUGGAGGCUUGGAUGGACCCGUCAAACUGUGUCGGCCUGUAUCAUUGGGCCAGAGACCUUGGGGUUUGUGACCUGGCAGACUGUGCUUUGAAAUACCUUUGUCAGCACUUUGCACAGGUAUGUGAGGAAGAUGAAGUGCUGGAACUGGAUGCACACAGUCUGGGGGAUCUGCUGGGUUCAGAUGACCUCAACGUAUCACAGGAGGAGGUAGUGCUGGAGCUGGUGCUGCGCUGGGUGGAGAGGCAUCGAGGUGACUCACACUGUGAAGCCCAGGCUGUGGAGUUGCUCAGACGUGUGCGCCUGGAGCUGGUCGACCCUGGAUUUCUCAGAAAAGCGAGGAGGAGGAACCCGGUGCUGCUGGGUGAUGCCGAGUGCUUUGGGAUGAUCGAUGCUGCUCUCCAGACCUCCGGUCUUUGUGAAACAGCAGCUCCGCCUCGCCCACCUCUUCGAUAUGGAAUGGAGACGACUGACCUGCUGCUCUGUUUGGGGGGAGUGAACAGGGAGGGGAUUCCUGCUCGACGCGGGGGAGUCGCUGACCUCUGCUUUUGUUUUGCCCCUCGGGGUAGAAAGACUUACUACAUACCCUCUCCACUGAGAGGAUGUAAAGGUACGGGCCAAAUCACUUCAGGUGCAGUGAGCCUGAACAACAGCAUAGUGGUUGUUGUUGAGGCAGAAGAUAAAGACAGAAUGAAGAGACUUGAUAUCUACAGGUACGAUAAAUCAGAAGAGGACAGCUGGGUGAAAGUGUGCUCUGCACCUUACAGGGACAUGUACGCCUUAGGACAAUUAGGGGAGGCCCUUUAUUUGAUAGGUGGUCAGAUGAAAGUGAACAAUCACUACGUGAUCACUGACAGUGUGCAGAGAUGGUCUCUGAAGAGGGAAGGCAGCUGGCUCAGCUUUGCUCCACUGCCCCUCCCUUUGGCCUGCCACUGCGUCGUGAGCCUGAAGGAUCAUCUUUACGUGCUGGGGGGCUGGACGCCACAGAAUAUUCCCGAUGCUGAGCUAGACAAGCUCAGUAACCGAAUGUUUAAGUUUGAUGCUGCCAAAGACAGCUGGACUGAGUGUGCCAGAAUGAAGUACUCCAGGUACCGCUGUAGCACAGCCGUCCUCAACAGAGAGAUCUACAUUUUAGGGGGUAUAGGAUGUGAUGGAGAGGACCGGGGACAAUCUCGCCACUGUCUAAGCUCUGUGGAGAUCUACAACACUGAUGAGGACACCUGGAGGCCGGGACCAACGCUCCCCACAUCCCUACUCUCACUUCGAACAAACACCUCUAAUGUAGGAGUGAUUGACAAAAAGAUCUACCUCUGUGGAUAUUUCAAGGGGGCAGGUCGCCAUGAGAUCAUCACCAAGGAGAUUUUAGAGUUAGAUCCUGCAGACAACGUGUGGACUGUCCUGGUGAGACGAGCAGCCAUGCAUGACACUUACGAUGUCUGUGUGGUUGCUAACCUUAAUCCUCGAGAUCUCAUCUCUCCACAAUGCUUUUCUCUAUAACUGUGACAGCACUUGUGGGUGUGAAGUGACAGUGUUCUCCUAACUUCCUGCCAAACUUUAGUGCAGUUUUGUUCUGUGAUUUACUCAAUCUCUUGUCAAAUAAAUGCAUGGCUUACAUGUAUUUUUGCAAAGAUCUGACUGAACUAAUACAACAUACUAAAUAUUUAAAAAAUAAAUAAUAUAUUUUUAGUAUCUAAAAUAGUUUGACUGAGUUUGUUAACUUUAAGAUGUUUUUGCACAUAACGCUGUAUUGUAAUGUGAAAUAAAGGUUGUUGCAAACUGAAAAGUAAUUAAAAAAUAUCCCAAAUUACAUUUUCUUUGAAUUGUAAAUAAAAACAACCAUUGUAAACAUUUAGUGUUUUUUUUUUAAUUCACACCAUUGUUUUCUUUUUGUUUAGUUUUAUCAAGACUGUGUUAAUUAUAGUUUCUGUGUCCUGUUUGAGUUAACCUGUUGUUUUUUUAUGGAUCUUUUAUUGAAAUAUUAUAAUAAAAACGUGAAAGCUGUUUCCCAA